UACCAUUUUUCUAAUUGCAGUUGAGAAAUGGUAAUUCAAUUGUUCUGACUCAUGACUUGUGUCCCUUCCCAAUGCCAGACCUUCGCGGGCAGAGGCAGAUGAAGAACAUUACUGUGGAGGCUGACUUGAUCAGCUACAACAGUGCGAUCAGUGCUUGUCGUGAGGAUGCAUGGCCCUACGCUUUGCACCUCAUGGCAGUUGCUGAAACAGACAGUCAACAGCUGGAUGUCAUCUCAUACAGCUCUGCCGUUUGCGCUUGUGAAACAGCAUGUGAGUGGCAAUCGGCUUGGCUGCUUUUGCAAACUGUUCGCCAGAAGCGUCUCAUAAACGUGAUAGCAUUGAAUUCAUUCCUGAGCACUUUGGCGAGAGCUGGACAAUGGGAAUUAGCCUUGUGGCUGAUAUAUCGGGAGCGCCCCGUGAAGCUGGACGUGAUCAGCUACAGCUCGGGCAUCAACGCCUGUCAGAAGUCAUCCUCCUGGCAGCAUGGCCUUUUCUUGCUGCAAGAUGCCAAUGGCCGGCAGUUGCACCUGAACGUUGUCAGCUACAGUGCCGCCCUCAGCACCUCUGGCCCUUCGGCAUGGCAUAUGGUCCUGGGUCUUCUACGACGUUCGGGCAAUUUCCGACUCCAACUCAACGAGGUCUCGCCGCUUGGAAUGGAGAGAAUCACAAGGAAGUCUCGACCAACUCUUGGCGCCCAGAGAUCAUUUGUGUGUGUUCAUUUUAAAUCUUUAAUUUAUUCAUUAUGAUUGUUUGUAAGCGUUUGUGCUCGAGCACAACCCCAGAUGCUCAAGACUUUGUUCCGUCAGUGUGGGUCACAUUAGUCACUAACAUUUGACAAAAUUUGUCAAAAGCAAGAGCAAGAACAGGGAGCAGCUUCGCACACAUUGUUGCACUUUGUGAGUAGUAAGAUGAUGGGAAUUGCAAUCAGAUGGGGCCUUUUCAUACAGUUCCUUUGAUAGUGUCCCUGCUUAGAUACAACGGAGCUGCGGGAUCACUUUCAAACAGCUCGAAAUGGUUGUACGCUUUUCGCUUGCUGAGCCGAGCUGCUCACGUGGCUCUGCGUGAACCGCGGGAUGGGCGAGCAGCUGCCAUCCACGGCGCUGCAGGACAUCGUGCCUGGCGCACUGGACUGCAGGCGGCAUAUGCUGGGGAGGCACUGAACGUGGUGAGCUUCAACGAGCUUGUGUCCGUCUGUGAGAUGACAGAUGCUUGGCACUGCCAUGGAAAUGCUGUGCAUUUGGAAUAUUUGAAUCCAAACAAAGACAGUAAAUCACAGCAAAUCAGAUUUCUUGAGUACCGUCACUGACCACUCAAUUUGAUUCUGUGAGCGACAAAACAAAAG